ACUCUGUGUUCGCAACUUUCUCACAGCUGUGUCGGUUCAUGCCAUUCCAAUAAUUUCGAAAGAUAUGUUCUUUGAUCGUUUCAAUAUUUUAUUGGUUUGAUUAAGGUUUCACUUAACUACUGUCCCUGCUCAAUAUAUGAAACAUCUUUCAAAUCCUCCUGAUCGAUCGCUUCUACAUUAAAUUUGAUAACCCAAUUCACAUUUUGAUCAAAUAAAUUGCCAACACAAACAGAGGGAAGCUUGAUGAUAAUUGUUCACCCUGUUGUUGUUGUUGCAGGAAAGGAACAUCAAUUUUAGAGGAAAACUCUCUGUCUAUGGCUGGGUCGGUUGGUCCAAGGUUUUACAGUUGUUGUAAUUGCAGGAACAAUGUUGCCCUUCAUGAUGAUGUCAUUUCCAAAACAUUCCAGGGGAAACAUGGGAGAGCAUUUCUGUUUUCUCAUGCUAUGAAUUUAGUAAUUGGGGAGAAAGAAAACAGGCAACUGAUCACAGGUCUUCACACUGUUGCCGAUGUUUCCUGUUGCGAUUGUUUGGAAGUGGUUGGAUGGAAAUACGUAAGAGCUUUUGAGGUGAGUCAAAAGUACAAGGAAGGGAAGUUUGUACUUGAAAAGUGGAAAAUCAUUUGCGAGUGAAGAAGAAGUAGCAUAUGGAUAUCUUAACAAGCUUAUUCAUUUUGUCAAUAAGAUCGAUAUAUAAUAUAACAGUUCUGUCAUGUUGCUAGAUCUUCAAACAUUUGAGUUCCACGGACCUGUUAUUAUAUUAAACUAACCUAACAUAAUUGAUCAUUUCAUUGAAUUCGUGUUCAAUGUUGACAUGUUUCAUAAUUGUUGAUAAUUCUGUCAAUUUUAUGGUUGAUUUU